AUGGGUUUCUUUGCUACUUUCUUCGCUUUUCUUGGUUUCGCUCUCGGAAUUCCUCUUGGUCUUCUUGUUGGGUUUUUUCUCUUUGUUUAUUCUGAAGCCAAGCAAGUCAAGGUUCCUGUUGUUAGACCGAUUAGUGAAUUAGGCCCAAUUGCUGUGCAAGAGCUUUUACCUGAGAUUCCUCUAUGGGUUAAGACACCUGAUUAUGAACGAGUUGAUUGGUUGAACAAGUUUUUAUUGGAUAUGUGGCCGUUCUUAGAGAAGGCAAUUUGUGGGAUAAUUAGAACUACUGCAGAACCAAUAUUUGCUGAAUACAUUGGAAAGUAUCAGAUCAAAGCAAUUGAGUUUGAUCAAUUGAGCCUUGGUACUCUUCCUCCUAUUAUCUGCGGUAUGAAAGUUUUGGAAACAAAUGAAAAGGAAUUGGUGAUGGAACAAGUUAUCAAAUGGGCUAGCAACCCAAACAUAGUGUUGACCUUGCACAUGUUGUCUUUAAAGAUCAAAGUUCAGUUGGUAGACUUACAAAUAUUUGCUACACCGCGGAUAACUUUAAGACCUUUGGUGCCGACACUUCCAUGUUUUGCAAAGAUUGUGGUUUCCUUGAUGGAGAAGCCUCAUGUUGAUUUUGGGAUGGUGAUAUCAGGAGGGGACAUCAUGUCAAUACCUGGUCUUUAUAGAUUUGUUCAGGAAACAAUAAAAAAGCAAGUUGCAAGCCUCUAUCUUUGGCCUCAAACCUUGGAAAUUCCUAUUCUUGAUGAAUCAACGGUGGCGAUACAGAAGCCCGUGGGAAUAUUACAUGUGAAUGUGGUUAGAGCAAUCAAGCUUUUGAAAAUGGAUUUGUUGGGAGCUUCUGAUCCGUAUGUCAAACUGAGUCUCACUGGUGACAAACUACCCUCGAAGAAAACUACUAUCAAGAGAAAGAAUUUGAAUCCACAGUGGAACGAGAAAUUCAAGAUUGUUGUGAAAGACCCUCAAUCUCAAGUUCUCCAAUUACAAGUCUAUGAUUGGGACAAGGUUGGUGCACAUGACAAGCUGGGAAUGCAGUUAGUCCCGCUAAAGCUGCUUAAGCCGUACGAGAAUAAAGAAUUUACACUUGAUUUGCUUAAGGACACAAAUAUCAACGAAACACCAAAUAAGAAGUUCAGAGGACAAAUUGUGGUGGACUUGACUUUUGUUCCGUUCAAAGAAGAUAGUAUGAAGUUCAGGGGAUCCUCGGAAGGAUAUGUUAGAAAGGAUAGUGGAAUCAAUAGUAUAUCUGAUGAUGAGGUCGAAGAAGGAGCAGGUUUGCUUUCCGUUGUGAUACAGGGAGCCGAUGAAGUUGAGGGGGAUCAUCACAGUAAUCCAUAUGCUAUACUCACAUUCAGAGGCGAAAAGAAAAGGACAAAGAUGAUGAAGAAAACGCGUCAACCGCGUUGGAAUGAAGAAUUCCAGUUCAUGCUAGAAGAGGCUCCUCUACAUGAGAAGAUACACAUUGAAGUGAUGAGCAAGAGGAAGAGUUUCAGUUUUCUGUCAAAGGAAUCGUUGGGGCAUGUGGAGAUAAACCUGAAUGAUGUGGUGCAUAAUGGUAGGAUUAAUGAUAAAUAUCAUCUAAUAAAUUCAAAGAAUGGAGUGAUACAUGUUGAGAUAAAAUGGAAGGUGGCUUAA